GAGGCGUUUGGUGCAGGUAAUUGACAGUAGUUUGUGUAAUACCUGUCAAAGUGGUUCCAAAGAUUGUUGGCUUCGCAUUAGAUGGCACGUUAACCAGCUCUGUCGUAACAAUGGAAUAAUACGGUUGUGGAUUAAUGAAGUCAUGAAGGUGUUGCAGACUUUGAAGUGAAAAUUUGGAUUUUAAAAGGAGUCGUUUAUAAAUUUCUUGCAGCCAGAGGGAGGAUAGUUCAGUGUAGUUUGUCAUGGCAUCUGCAAAAGUUGCUAAAGUUAAGAAACAGUCGAACCCUGUAGGCAAAAAAGGGUCAGAAAAUACGGAAGAAGGAAAAAAACUUUCAGAUUAUGAAAUUUUAUCAACAAUUGGUACUGGUACAUUUGGAAGAGUGGUGUUAGUACGAAACAGGGAGACAAGGAACUACUUUGCGCUCAAGGUUAUGGCAAUAACAGAUGUGAUACGGCUGCGGCAAGUGGAACAUGUAACAAAUGAAAAAGAAAUCCUCUCAUCAAUAACUCAUCCAUUCAUUGUAAACAUGUUUUGGGCGAAUCAUGACGAUACAUUCCUGUACAUGUUAAUGGAGUACGUCCCGGGUGGUGAAGUGUUCUCAUAUCUGCGCAAUUAUGGACGCUUUAGUAAUUCCAUGGCAAACUUUUACGCCAGUGAAAUAGUGUCAGCUUUAGAAUAUUUGCAUUCUCGCUCAAUAGUGUACAGAGAUUUAAAACCUGAAAAUUUAUUGUUAGAUCGGGAUGGACAUUUGAAAAUAACAGACUUCGGAUUUGCAAAGAAGUUGUUAGACAGAACUUGGACAUUAUGUGGAACACCGGAGUAUUUAGCGCCUGAAAUUAUACAAAGUAAAGGUUAUAACAAAGCUGUCGACUGGUGGGCUCUUGGAAUUCUAUUAUAUGAAAUGAUAGUUGGGACUUGGACACUUUGUGGUACGCCUGAAUAUCUUGCUCCAGAAAUCAUUCAGAGUAAAGGACACAGUAAAGCGGUAGACUGGUGGUCAUUAGGCAUACUCAUUUUUGAAAUGAUUGUCGGGUUUCCACCAUUUUUUGAUGAUCAGCCAUUUGGCAUUUACGAAAAAAUUCUGUCAGGGAAAAUUGACUGGCCAAGACAUUUGGACCCAGUUGUAAAAGAUCUCAUAAAGAAAUUGCUGGUUCCUGACAGAACGAAACGGCUGGGAAAUAUGAAGAAUGGUGCUGAAGAUGUGAAGAAACAUAAAUGGUUUAAAGCCAUAGAAUGGGAUGAUGUCCUUGCUAGAAAAUUGAAUCCUCCUAUAACACCGGAGGUUCUAUAUGCAGGGGAUAUAUCUAAUUAUAGCAAUUGUGCACCUCCAAUCAUUCCGAAGGUAGCACAUGAGGGCGAUACGAAGAAUUUCGACUCAUACCCAGAAGAUGAUUGGCAGAAGACGGCUGCGGCUGGGGAAAAAGAUAUCGCUCUCUUUGCUGAAUUUUGAUUGGCUGUGGAAGAUGUGCAAAAUCUGUGAUAUCAAAUUGAUGAAUAUUCAUUAAAGCCAUUCUCACUAGAAAAUGUCGAAGAAUUCAGUUUGGCAAAGUGGAAGAUGUUACGCACAAAACAUAGGUCUAUGUUCCGGCAGAACAACACAUUUCCAAGUUAAGAAAUCGCCUUUAAGUUUCGUCACACAAGAAUGCUUCAGAUGAAAUAUAAACUUUAAAAAAAAUAAAAUGUUAAGACACUGUCAAACUGCAGCAUGAAUCAGGGACAAAUUUGUCUUCAGUUAAGCAAUGUAUUAGAUGCCAAAUUUAUGAUUUCUGUAAACUCUGUAACAUAUGAAGAGUAUCUUGGAUGUAUUGGAAGAGAGUAUUGAUGGAGAGUAUUAAUUAAGAACAGGGUAUAUUUUGAAUGGUUAUCUAGAUGUAGAUAAAUUUCAAGUCUUACCCUCUUGAAAGUUUGUUAUGUUGUUAAAAGUUUUGAAAUCAUGGAGGAUUUGAAUAGUCAGUGUUUUUUUUUCUGCAGAAGCAUAUCACUGCUGAGAAAGGCUAUGACAUCCAUCUUAAAAUGCUCAUUUUAUAUGACUUUCUUAUUUUAAAGCAGUUGAGUAAGUGUUACACAUGUUUAACCCUUAGACUGCUAAAUUUCUAAAAUGGACUGGUCCAUCAUUCAGUUUGGGCAGUACCAUUUAUUAUUUGAAGGGGUGUUCACUGAAAAUUUACUGACUGAAUAGCGAACAGUGCAGACCAUGAUUAGCCUGCACGGAUGUGCAGGCUAAUCUUGGUCUGCACUGGUCGCAAAGGCAGAAUAAUUCGCCGCCAGCAGGCUGAAGGUUAAAGAAUGUUGUUUAUAGAACUGAAAUUGACAGGAAAUUGUUAUUUAAACACCCCAUUGGAUCGUAAUUAUGUUAGGAAAAUUGUUUGCAUUUUAUCAGAUUUAGGGUAAAAACUCUUAUGCUGCCAUACUCCACCCACCCACUACCUCCAUAAAGAAACAGAAAAUUUGCCUAAUCAAUUUUUGCAAUUUUGCAGUAAUGUAACAAUUGUAUUUUCAUAUAGUAUAUCUUUGGGAAAUGGCGCGCAUACAAUACAAUCAAAUAGUGUAUAUCGAUCAGAUGAAAUGAUUGAUCUGAAAAAAUAAUGUAAAAAGGCAGACUUGGUAAAAAUUAUGUCUUUUAGCAUUUUUCAUACAAACAAGAAGGAAAUUGGUGACUAAAUUGCAGUUUCUACAUUUUCAUAACUUCUGGUUUUUGUAUCUAUAUAGAAAAUUUUAUAGUUUCAAGUUUAUGAUGACAACAGUCCAAUACAUAUAGUUUCUCCUAAAAAUGUAAGGUUUUGUAUGGUGACUGAGCAAUUUAUACAGCUGAGCAUUGGAUGUAUGUCAAAGUAUUUUCAGAUCAGCAGAAAUCUUCAUUUAUUCGCAUUUAUUUUUGAAAUGCACAGUAUAGAUUUUGCAUUUAUAUUAUUUUGUUAUGUUGUAAUGCAAUUUGAGUGUACAUAUUGUAUCAUGGUGUUUUUGAAAUUCUUAUUUUUUUAUAAGCUGCAUGCCCCUAUUAUACCAAGCAGCUUUUUAUGCUAUGUACAGGAGCCCCUAAAAUCCACUAAGUCAAGAUUAAUUUCAGUUAUUAAAUAUCAGCUUUGUUAUUGUAACUUGAUGAAAAUCAUUGAAGUUCCUAUCUAGUUAUAUACACAUGUAUUUAGGUUCGUCUUUGCAAAGGCAACAUUUAGGAAGUUGUCUGCUCAAACAUUCUGUUAACAGAUACGUUGUCACAUGAAAAUGUACCGGAUGGUAUUUUUGUUGAAAUUCUGUUGUUUUGUUUUAUAUAUUUUGUCUAAAAAAAGAAUCAUUUGCAAGAUUGUGUUUUUAAGAUAUUUUAUCAAGGCAUUCAAAUUGGUGAUUGUAGUUCUUAACGUAUGGCAGAGAAGUUGUCUUUUCAGUAACUGAAGUACUAUGAAAAUUCUGCAGUUUAGACUUGGUACCUUGAUUUGCAAGGGGCAAAACCUUUUGCAAAAAUUACUUAGGAAUUUGACUGAAUGGUUUUCUUAUUUAGUCUACACAACUGAAGUUUGUGUGUGUUGAAUUUGACAGACACAGGAUAACAAUACAUAUAUUACAAAGGUAUUUUGAUGGUACUUGAAAAUUUCUCUGAGAUAACUGGAAUUUUAGAUAAGAUACAAAGAUUUAGCUGUAGAUGAUAGACUUAAUGUUUGAGUAUUUAGUACUAAAGUUUUUAGCAAUACAAACUGAUUGUUUCUGUUUAUCGUUGUACAUUACUCACAUUUUAAUCCGUCCAACAUAUACUUGUUAGUGGAUCUUGUUAUCACAAAAUUAUAUUUUGAUAAUGGACAUUAAUUUUAUUUAUAUUAGAGACGAUUAUUUUAAUGAUUUAUGCCUCUUCUAGUAUACAUGACAUUAUUAUUGUAAUAUCAAGAAAAAGUCAUAGAUCUGAACGCAUAAUUGUAGUCACCAGGUUAUCUGUCCGUGCCCAUGUCUCGGUGUUCUUGUCCAGGCUAUUUCUGAGAAAACACUGGCUGGAAUUUAUCAUAACUUUAUUGUAAGUUUUACUGUCAAGAAAAGAUGCCAAUGUUAUCUGCAUAUUUUUGGGUUUUUUUUCCAGUGUUGCGGCCCUUUAAUGAUACUUUUUUAACAAAAUUAGGUUAUUGAUCAGACUGCCACAAAGUAUCAAUGAAACUUCAUAGGAAGCUUCACUAACAACAGGAGUUCAGCAAAUAUCCAACGUGUUCUGCCAUGAUGAUUUUUCACAGAGUAAUGGCCCUUUGGUUUUAUUACAUAUAGUGUACCAUAGCAGGAUUCUUGUUUUGCCUUGUCCAGAAUAUAUCUUUAGGUAUACCAUAGGGAUUUCAUGUAACUUGCAUUCAUUUUAAACCAUAAAGGACUACAGAACACAAGAACUAUAUUUAUAAAAAGUUUGUGUAGAAUGAAAUCUUAAUAGGUACAUUUGUAAGACAACUUAUAUCACACUCUCCAUUAGGGAGCAUCCAACAGUUCCAUAUAUCUUGUAUUUGCAAUGUUUGGAAAAUACUCAUAGUCAUAUCUCCUCAAAUAAUAUCUCGAUUUGAAUGUCAGUUUAUGCCAUCUUUAACUUUUCUUUAACACAUAAAUGGGUCAUUUGUUUCAGGGUAACUUUCUAAACUAAUUUAUUUACCUCUUACACAUAUUUGUUGUGACGUGUUUUUUUCCAUAUUAUUUUAAAGUUAAAAUAAACCUUGAAGUUAGGAGUGUUUACAUAUUAUUUUAGAUUCUAUUUCAGUGGAUACCCCACUUUAUUAAAUGAAAACAAGGUGAAAAGCCUUUGUUCAGUAUCUGCAAUUUUACCUCACAUGUUUUGAAAUUUGUUGAAGAAGUGUAUAAAUGUAUAUCAAAUUCUGCAGAUUGCUAUUUUCCCAAUAUUUAUAGUUGUAUUUAUUGUGCACGUCCCCCCCCCACCCCCACCCCACUUCCUUGAAAAAGAAGAGGUAAAUUGUAUAUUUUAUGACAGUCUGUUGGUCAGUCAGUGACCUUGAGGCUGAAACUGGUAUCUUACUUGUAACAACAGCUGCUUGGGUAUAUGACCAUCAAAGGUCAUAGCGUGGGUUUCUGUGGUCAGUAGGUAGCCCGUGUUCAUUUAGGGGUCAGAAAGUCAAGGCAAUAGUGACCUUGAAACUAAAAUAGUUUAGGAUCAAUAACUGGAGAAUGCUUGUGGCUGUGGCGAUCUUACUUCAUAGCAUGAUUUACUAUGGUCAGCAGAUGACCUCUCAGUCAUUUUGGAUCAUAAGGUCAUAGUUUAAAGUCAUAGCAUACUUGAGAUUAAAAAUUAUAAACCCAGUUACCUGUGGAAGGCCAUCAUUGGGGAAGGGUGGGGGUAGCCUUUGUAUUUUACAAACAGCUUUUGUUAUGGAGGUAAAGCCAGUAAAUGUUUAUAGUGCUGUAUGAUAGGGGCACUUCAAGUAAUAGCACUUAUAUAUUGCACAUCAGCUUGAAAUACGCUUUUUGUAUGUCAGAAAAAUUUGUUAGGAGUUCUGCAGUCAUUACCUUACAGUAUGAUUAUGUUGUUACGGGUGAUAUUUUUAUUUCCAAACAAAUUCUCAUUAUUUGAAGAAUCAUAAAAUCAUUCUGUUAUACAUAUUUAAGCUGCACCAUGAGAAAACAUAGUGCAUUUGCACAGUCUGGUCAGGAUCCAUGCUGUUCGCUAACAGUUUCUCUAAUUGUAAUAGGGUUUGAAAGCAAACAGUGUGGAUCCUGACCAGACUGUGAGGAUGCGCAGGCUGGUCUGGAUCCAUGCUGGUCGCAAACACACUAUGUUGGUUUUCUCAUGGCGUGGCUCAUUUAUUUGUUGUAAAUGUUGGCAUUUAUACUAUUUUCCUUGGAUUUGCAGUUUUCAUAGCUUACAUUUUUCCCAUAAAUGCUUUGGAAAACAAAAUGAUUUUCCUUAUUCAAUCCAAAAGCUGCAAGAAACAAAAUGUUAGUGAUAAAUGCUAUUUUCAUCUAAGUAAGACUUAGACCCAAAACUACAAUAUUUUCACUUUUAAAGGUCGACCAUUUAGCUGUGUACGUAUGGUAAAGGACAAGAUUUGUAAAGGGGAGUAUAUAAGUUUGAAUCCAGAAUGAAGCUAGGUGCUCUGCAAACACAGAAGGUCAGAGGUCAUUCCUUCUUCAUCUCUGGUUCAUUUAUGGAAGUUGACAGUCACUUCAAGAAAACAGAUUGGUACUAGUAAAGACAGGUUAAGAACACUGACUGCAAAGAAUAUAUGAAAUACUGAUUGAAAGUGACAUUAAAUCCAACAAAAACAAACUUUGUAAAAGGUCAAAAGUUUCAGCAGAAACCUUUGUAAUUUAGUUGGUAUGAGUUAAAUGGAUAUUUGCAGUUUUGUGUCCAAGUCUGAAAUUUCAGAUACAUUACAAAUCAUUGAUGAAUUUGCGUAUGAACUUUUGUUGUGAUGCAAGCAUCUUGUAUGUAAAGCUCCUUUGUUUGCCUAAAAAGUACCAUGUUACAAAAACAGAUGGAUUACCAGUACUUGAGUUUGUUCAAGAGAAAUUUGAAAAUGAGGGAAAUAUUGUACUUUACUGCUUUUCUGCAAUUUUGAUAAAAAAUUACAAAAAUGUUCUUUUUAGAGGACCAGAAAGGGAUACUAAAAAUUAAUCUGUUUGCACUUACCUUUAUAGAAGUGUUCAGCAUUGGAAAAUGUUACUGGUUAUAUUUCAUAAAUGAUUGUUUACAGCAGUAUCGUGUAUAUUUGAACCAUUUUGUCUUAUUAAUUUACUUGUUGGGUCGGUAUAGCUCUUGGCAUCUUUCACAAUUGGUUAAGUCACUGUGUUUUGAUAGGGAAAAAAACAGUAGAUUGCUAAUUGAAUUCCAUAGAUAUUACUUAAAUCAUGACUGUGCUUGAUUCUUUUGCUCAAUGUUGGGUGUUUCUUUCCAAAUUUUAAUCACAUUUAUUUUAGAAACCUGUGGAGUCACUACAAGACAGUCAUAGUUUAACAAAAUACAAUUAUUGUCCAAAAGUUUGCAAAGAGUGGCUUUUAAAGUCACUGCUACAUUCAGUUUAAACCUUUUUCUUUAGCUGACAGCUUGGUUUAGCUGUAAAAGCCAUUCUAUCAUUAACAUUUUAGCUGUUUGGAAAGUUCAUGCCAGUUUUCUGUUACUUAGCCAUGGAGUCUGUUGAUCUUUCUCUUAUUCAGAAAUAAUUCUUAUAAUAUUACACUAGUACAAUAAUUCUGUUAUUUUUUUCUUAUUCUGUCAUUAUUGUUGAUACAAAAUGGUUAUCUUUUUCUUACUGGUAUGCAAACAAAACGGUUUCGAUACUAUUUUUCCCUUUUUGAAAAUAAUCACGAUUAUAUUUUUCUUAUCAAAGGAAUGAAUGUCAUUUUUUGUUUGUUUUACACACUUGUAAAACCUGAAAUCGAAGUGCACAUAUCCGAUAACAGCUGGAAGGCCAUUAUUGCAGAUAUGUGUACGAGGUUUUGGGUUUUACAAGUGUGUAAAACAAAAAAAUACGACAUUUAUUACUUUUGUUUCUUUUUAUUGUUAUUGUUUUCAAGUCAAUCAUUUUUAAUUUCAAAUCUCUGUACUGACAGUAUAAAUAAAAAGUGAAAAAAGUAGUCCAACAUCGGGAGCAGCUCAAAAGUUAUCCGAAUAAAUUUGUUUUACAUACAUGUAAAAAAAAUCUGUUAGCCUAUCAAAUUGAAGAAAACAGUCCAAAAAAAGAAACAAUCAAAAUUAAUAAUCAUAGUAUUUUUAUUCAAAGAAAAGUUCUGUUAAUAUCCUUAUUCAAAGAAUAGUUCUGUUUAUAUUUUCAUUCUAAGAAAAAAUGUUAAAAUUUUCCUUAUUCAAAAUGUAAUCUAACCAUUUUCUUACUGAAAAAUAGUUUUGUCAGUAUUUCUCUUAUUCAUUGAUAAAUUAAGAUUGUAUAAAAUUGAUUUUUAUUUGUUCAGGUCUUAUUGUUUUGAAAAGUGUCAUGACAGUAUAAAUCUUUCAUUUUCACAAAGACUCUCAUGUGUAAUUAACAUUCUGUUUUUGUUGUCCUGUUUCAAGCUUUAUGAGUGAACAAUAGUACAGAAAGAAUUCUGUUAAUCAUCAAUAGAGAAACAGAAAAUAAAUUGUUUUUGUGAACAAAUGUAUUUGAACUUCUUGAGGGUUUUGAAUUAUGGAUAUAUUUGUUUCAUAUAUUUUUACUGUUUCAAGAUAUUGAAUAAAGAAAUACCAGAUAUGUUUUUAUUUCUAAAGAAAUAAUUUGUGACACAAUUUUUGUAUAGUCAUUCUUUUACUAGACCUUCUUAUCCCUGUUUACGAGUCCCGUGAACGUUUAGCAUUUUUAUAUAUCUGAAUCAAAUGUGUAUUUAGAUUUUUACACCCAUUAUUUUAUAUGCUAUUGAAAGAUUUGUUGAAUUCUGGAAAUAAAAAGUGGUCUGAA